AUGAAGAAGUCAACGCUGCUGUCGAUUGACGCGUUCGCGAAGACCGAGGAAGAUGUGCGAAUUCGGACUCGAACAGGCGGGCUUAUCACAUUGUCGUGCGUUCUAGUUACGUUCAUGCUGCUUUUUAGCGAGUGGAGACAAUUGCACAAAGUGGUAUCGCGUCCAGAGCUGGUGGUGGACCGCGAUCGUCAUCUCAAACUGGACCUUAACAUGGACGUGACGUUUCCUCAUAUGCCGUGUUACCUGCUCAACAUGGACAUUUUAGACAGCUCUGGUGAGCUGCAACUAGACCUGCUCGAAAGUGGGUGGAGUAAAACCAGGCUAGAUUCAUCGGGCCAAAGUUUGGGUACUGAAAAUUUCAAGAUUGGACAGCAAGAUCGCGUGGAACCAACCGAUGAAAACUACUGUGGACCCUGCUACGGUGCGAAGGACCAGUCUCAGAAUGAGCAGAAACCCAAAGAAGAGUGGAUCUGCUGUCAGACGUGCGAGGACGUCCGUACGGCGUACAUGGAUGCGCAGUGGGCGUUCUUCGACGGCAAGGACAUCGAGCAGUGCGAGCGCGAGGGCUACGUCGAGAAAGUGAACAAACAUAUCAACGAGGGCUGCAGAAUCAAAGGCAAGGCAAAGCUGAACCGGAUCGAGGGCAACCUGCACUUUGCACCAGGAAAGGCGUACCGAAACGCUCAGGGCCAUUUCCACGAUAUCUCGCUUUACGAGAAGAACUCAAAUCUUAACCUCAAUCACAUCGUUCACCACCUCAGUUUCGGCCAGCAGCUGGAGGGAGACGCCACCGAAAGCGUAUCAACCGCCCCGCUUGAUGGCAAAAUUGUGAGCCCAGAUUUCGACACGCAUUACCAUCAAUUCUCAUAUUUCGUCAAGAUCGUGCCCACGCGCUUUGAAUAUCUUGACGGCGCCAAAACCGAGACCACGCAGUUCAGCACCACGUACCAUUCGCGUCCGGUGCGUGGUGGGCGCGAUUCUGAUCACCCCAACACCGUGCACAGCCGUAAAGGCUUUCCAAGCUUGUACGUGUUUUUCGAAAUGUCGCCUCUCAAAGUCAUUAAUAAACAGCAGCAUGCGCAGACGUGGUCAGGAUUUCUACUCAACUGCAUAACCAGCAUCGGCGGUAUUCUAGCCGUGGGUACCGUCCUUGACAAAAUCACAUACAAGGCGCAAAGAUCGUUGUGGGGGAAGAAAAGUACCUGA